AGAAAUCAAUAUUUGGUUUCAUCAGUUUUCAUUCAUCUUGGUCAUGUUCUUCUCCACAAGUCUUACACUGUUUUUGGAGAACUUUAUGCCACUCCUGGUGCAAAAAUUCAAGCAGUUCAGGUUGGUUUGAUGGCUUGUGAUCAUCCAUCUUCCUCCUGAUUAUAUUCCAGAGUUUUUUAAUUGGGUAAAAUCAAAGAAACGCAUCAUUUUAAGUGGUCUCUUUUUUCCAGAGCUAUAUGUAUUAUAUGUAUAUGUAUUGUUUGGAUCAACAGAAAGAAAGUUACAGGAGGGUGUAUUUUUAGACAACCCGUUAUAUUUGGCUUCAUUAGUAUUAUGUGAAAGUGGCAUAUAUGCAGCCCUGAUGUAGCUAGAUUUAAGAGGAGGUGUUUUGCCUGAAAGUUUAUUUCUGUUGAUCCAAAAUGUAAAAUGUUUUUAGAAACACAUAUGUAACACCAGUAUGUAUCCAGUAUGUAUUACAUGCGCAAGUUUCAUGUAUGUAGCCCUAACGCAGCCAGAUAUAAAAGGGGGUGGAUAUUCUGGAAAUGAGCUGUAACUGUGACUUUUAGCGCGUAUCUUUAAGUACAGUUGGUGCUAGUUUCUGCACAACUGAUGCUUCUCUGUAUCAAGGAAAGAAGUUCUGCUGAGAGCCACUGACGCUACUGGAACAUGACCGACGUCUCCACUGGCCAAUCGGUGAGCUGCCUGUGUGAGGUAUUGUCCAAUCGUGAAGAGAGGGGGCGGGGUUUGUGUGAAUGGAGGUUUAGGGUAGAGGAGCUCCGCUGGUUCCAGUGUGAAGCCGCUUCAGUCCGGGGAGGCGCUACUUCUCUGGUUUGGGUCUGCAGCUCCACAGCAGAGAAGAACCGGACCGGGACUGAGCUGGAUCUUCUCUCUGUUGUAGGAGGAAGAAGAAGAAGGAGGAGGAGGAGGAUCUGCUGUUUAUAUCACAGACUUUCACCCAUUAUCUCUCGCACUAAAGGAUUUCUCCCAGACCUGACCGCAGAUGAACGAUUACUUUGAUCCUCCACAAACAUAUCAGGGGAUGGCACCAGAUGAACAUGUCAGACUGUUGAAUUCAGAAGAGAUAAAACAUGAGGAUAUAGCAUACCCACAUUAUGAUCCAGAAAUUGGGACAAGUUCUGAACAAGAGAUUGAUCCAAAAACAGCCCAAAUCUUCUACACUGGAGAGAAGCCAUAUCACUGCUCAGUGUGUGGAAAAAGUUUUACUCUGAAAGGCAGUUUAACGAAACAUCUGCUUGUUCACACUGGAGAGAAGCCAUAUGUCUGUUUAGAGUGUGGAAAGACUUUUAGGCAGAGCGGAGCUCUCUCAGUACACCAGCGUAUUCACACCGGAGAGAAACCCUUUCACUGUUCAGUGUGUGGGAGGAGCUUCAGACAUUCGAAAACCCUCAAGAUGCACAAGUGUCCCACUAUGGAAAACGGUCCUUCUGUUGAGGUGGUUCUUGAGCCUGAUUGCAGUAAAAAUGCAGAACACCCCGCUCUGAUCAGCAGUCCACAUUUCUACACUUCUACAUUCGUGAGAAAUCCUGCUUCUCCCAGUGUUGCCUCAGUAUUGCCUGAAGCCAACGAACUGAAUUCAGAAGAUCCCAAACAACACACUCCUGUUGAAGAGAUGCCGUAUCAGUGCUCAGAGUGUGAAAAUACUUUUUCUGACAAAUGUAGUCUACAGUUACACCAGCGCUCUCACACCGGAGAGACGCCUUAUAAAUGUACAGAGUGUGGGAAGAACUUCAGUACGAGAAGUACUCUAAAAAAACACCUGCGCAUUCACACUGGAGAGAAACCGUUUGUCUGCUCGGAGUGUGGAAAGUGUUUUCGUCAAAGUGGAAUGCUCCUAGUCCACAAAAGCAUUCACACUGGAGUGAAACCAUAUCAGUGCUCAGAGUGUGGGAAGUGUUUUAGAGUAAAAGACCAUCUUAAAUCACACCUGACUGUUCACACUGGAGAAAGGCCCUAUGUGUGUUUAUCCUGUGGAAAGAACUUCACUACAAACCGGUGCCUUCAGCUACACCAGCGCACUCACACCGGAGAGAACAUGUAUCACUGCUUAGUGUGUGGAAAGAGCUUUUCUCAGCAGAGUAAUCUUAAUGUGCAUCAGCGCAUUCACACCGGAGAGAAACCGUAUCAGUGCUCAGAGUGUGGAAAGAGGUUUUUUGUACGAAGCCAUUUUCACCAGCACCAGCGCAUUCACACAGGAGAAAAGCCGUUUAGCUGCUCAGAGUGUGGGAAGAGUUUUUCAUUUAGUAGUAAUCUCCAACAACACCUGCUGGUUCACACAGGAGAGAGACCGUAUCAGUGCUCAGAGUGUGGGAAGAGUUUUCGAUACUUAAAGAAUCUGAAGAAUCACAGGUGUGUUAAUAAUUUAUAGUGAACCCACACACACAAACAAACGCUAAAGUUUGACAAAGAACACCUAGACCUGGACAUUUAAAACAAUGAAGUUUGACCAAAUUAAUCCAAAUUAUUUGGCCAUAGUCAAAUAAAAUGGUGUUUGGCUUUAACCAAACACAGCAUUCAACAGGCCAAAUCCGCUAUGAAUUCUUUAUUGUAUUAGAGGGAAGUUAAGGGAAGUGUGUGUCCAAAAACUGCAGCUGAAGCUGAAAUGACCCAAAACAUUCCAGUAACCAAAUCAAAGAAAUGGAAAGUUGUGGAAUGGCCAAGUCAAAAGGAUUUGAAACUUGUGAUUGUUCUGCCUUGGUUAGACUUUUUCUCAUUUGUCAGUUCAUAUUAAAUGGUUUCUUGUUGUAUUGUAUUUACAGUAAAUGCAGUCUGAAGUGGAUACCGCUGUGGAAACUAAUCAUAAAGUAGCUAGCUAGACUAAACCAACAUUCCAACAGCCAGUUUAUCCUAUUUCCAGCAUAGCUAAACAGCUUUUACACACAACACACAAAAAUCUAAGUGUUACAAACUAAGAUCAUAGUAUUGGAGUAUGAAAGGGGUCGGCAAUAGAUGUGGCCCGCAGGCAUUAAACAUCUGGCCAGUGAGGUUGUUUGAACUAUAAUGAACAAUAAUUAUAGUUCUUGGGCUCCUGAUCUUGUUUUUUCCCGGCUGCGUCCCAAUUUACUAGCCAGGGCAGCGGUAGUGUAUUGGGCCACGACCCUGGCGACACGGGUUCGAUCCCACGUAAGGAACAGUGUGUUUAUUUGUUUAAUUAUUUAUUUAUUUAUUUAUUCCUUUUUUUCUUGGGUUUACCUGCUUUGAAUUGGGUUCAACAACCCUCUGGGCUGGAGAUCUACUCGUCUGUAGCACUCCAUUCCAUUACACUUCAUUUUCCGAAACAGAAUUUUUUGUUUAAAAAAUAAAUAUCUUAAUUUUAAUUAAAAAACUUAAUUGCCGACUCCUGGAAUAGCGUAUACUUAUUAGAAAAAUGACUAGGGUAAGAGGCUCUGGUAAAGUGAACACAUCAGGUGCGUGAAAGAUGUUUGGGUGGAUGUUUUUAAAUUUAGCUCUUUCACCCACAGGCGCAGCUCCUCUACUUCAGAAGGUAGUGGAUGUAAGUUAUGUGGUAUCCUGCAGCACUCCAACCUUUACGUUUUGUGUUUGUAACUCUGCUGUUUAAUAAAAUUCUCCUCUUAUUCCACUUAAUUGGACUUCCUCUACCUGAGCAUCUUAUGUUAUGGAAAAAUAUGACUAGGAAAAGUCAUGUAGCAUCUAUUAGUGCAUAGGAUGUUCUAACUUUUUCUUAUCCAUUUGUAUUGUUGAAUAAAUUAUCAAAUUAUUUAUA